AUGGCCCGAAAGAAGCUUGCUAAGAAGGACAUCAAAAGAAUUGAGGAGAUCUCAGAGUUAAAUGGAGACAGACGUCCUCUCCCACCAAUUGAGUCAGGUGUCGAGGAGUACUCCUUCGAUAGUGGCGCUAUGAUUAAUGAAAAGCCGUCCAGAGUCCAAUUGUACGCCAAGAGACUCCACCGCAAGGAGAAGCAUAGGUUCCAUAAAAACUCCGGUGAGAUGCAAUCGCUUCUCAGGGACGUUGACUUUGAUCAUAGAAGCUCCAUUAUGGAUGAGCUAGUGAACAAUAGUUUAAGAGAAACUUCGUUCCAGGGAACAACCUGGGGUAAGAUCAAAAAAGGAGAUGGCUCUAAUGGGGGUUCUGAGAAAGACCGCCUAGUUAUAUUCGAUUUUUCUGGGUUCUAUGUUCUGUUUUGGAUGAUUGUAGCAUUCAUCGUCGCUAGGGUCGGAGUUGACUAUUACGUCGCCCACAAUGGUGAUUUGACCCAAUCGGAAAUCCUCAAAUUCAUGACUAAGGACGUAGUUUCUGUUGCAUACAUCGACCUUAUCAUGUACCUAUGCACGUAUUUCGUGGUAUUGGUACAAUACGCUUGCAAACUGCGGCUUAUUUCGUGGAAUGGUCUAGGUUGGAUAUUAACUUCGGUUUAUGAGUUCAGCUUCGUGGUCGUGUUUCUCUAUGUCGCCGAACAUAUCAUGAAGUUCCACUGGAUCUCAAAGAUCUUUAUCUUCCUGCACUCACUUGUCUUAUUAAUGAAGAUGCAUUCAUACGCGUUUUACAACGGUUACCUAUGGAAUGUCUGGGAAGAGCUGAAGUUCUCCAAGGAUACAUUGGCUAAAAGCAAAGACUUAGAUAUGGAUGAAGCGACUAAAAAGACGCUUGAGAAAAGCUGCCAAUUUUGUAAAUUUGAAUUGGAGUCUCAAUCUAAGGCGCAACUAUUUCCAGCAAACAUUACAUUGAAAAACUACUUUAUAUUUUCAAUGUUUCCCACACUAGUCUAUCAAAUCGAAUAUCCUCGGACCAACAAGAUACGGUGGAGUUACGUCUUCGAAAAGCUUUGUGCAAUUUUUGGUGUUAUCUUUACAAUGAUGAUAGUCGCACAGUUUUUUAUGUACCCUGUUGCAAUGCGCGCAAUUGCCUUGCGUGAUUCAGGUGUGCCCAUAUUCUGGGAUCGUAUCCUCCAGUGGCCCUAUUUACUCUUGCAGAUCGUGCCUAGUUUCAUUAUGAUGUAUCUUUUGGUUUGGUAUUUGAUCUGGGAUGCUAUUUUAAACUGUAUUGCCGAAUUAACGUAUUUUGGUGAUCGCUAUUUUUACGGUGACUGGUGGAAUUGUGUGUCUUGGGAUGAAUUUAGUCGCCAAUGGAACGUACCCGUUCAUAAAUUUCUCUUGAGGCAUGUUUACCACAGUUCGCUCAGCUUUCUGCAACUGAACAAAAUUCAAGCUACUCUGAUGACCUUUUUCCUAAGUUCCGUGGUCCAUGAAUUAGCAAUGUACGUUUUGUUCAAGAAAUUGAGAUGUUAUCUAUUUAUCCUUCAGAUGGCUCAACUACCACUGGUCGCAUUGAGUAACUCCAAAUUUUUGAAAAAGAAGAAGAUUCUAGGAAAUGUUAUGUUCUGGGUAGGUAUAUGCACAGGGCCCAGUUUGAUGUGCACUUUAUAUUUGACCUUCUGA